UUCCCUUCCCAAUAACUUCAUUCCGCCAUUUUCAUCAUUCGUGUUCCAGUGCUUUGCCGUUCCACACGCGCUCGUCGUAAUAAAAAGUGAAAGUUAAAAGUGAAAGUUAUACACGUCACCACUAGUAUUAGUUCAUUUGUUUAUUACGGAAAAAUAUGCCGAAACGUAAAAGUAAUAACGAUUGUGAUCGCAUACAACGGAAAAUUAGGAAGUUGGAGAAAAAAUUAGCGCGCAAAAGGCGCCGUCGACGUCAUAGCCGUUCCGAUGAGGAGUUAUCGUCAUCUUCUUCAUCACGUCGAUCGUCGUUAAAUAAACAAGACUACGACUACAUCGGGUUGACUGAUGAUGAGGAUGCGUAUGUAGAUCUACCCGCGCCACAGUCGGAAACCGAUGGAAGGCCACCAGAAUCUGGUGAUGAGAACAAAACUGAAAUGACUUCGUCAAUACCCUCUGCCGUAACAGUUCCAUCGAAUAAUGUCGUUCCAUCGACUUCGACGACUACGGAACCUUCCACGUCAGCCGAACCAGUGGCAGUUGCAGUCGAAGACUCCUCCAACUUAGACAACGAUCUAUUGGACAUACUGGGGAUUGAUCCCACCACUGAUAAGAAAUACGGUAAAGAUUUACACAAAGAUCUUUCCGUUAGAUUACAACAUUGGACCACUGUUGGUCUUGACAAGGACCUUAAAAAGGAGUUAAAAGAUAGAUAUUUAACGCCCGGAAAUUGCAAAUUGAUUGAUCCACCAAUUUUGAAUGCAGAAAUGAAAGCUGCUAUUUCUGACAUCAAUGUUAAACGUGAUAAGGCUAUUGAAGCUAAACAGAAGGUACUUACCUCUGCUAUAGUCUGUCUAGGAGAAGCUAUUACGCUUCUUUUACCAUCUAAAGACAAGGAUACCAAUCUUAUAAAGUUGCUGAUGGACGCAAUUCGAAUAAUUUGUGAAUGCCAACAUAGUGACAGUGCCACGCGAAGAAAUUUUGUUAUGGGUGGUCUUAAAAAAGAAAUCAAAGAGCAGCUGCAAAACACCAAUAUAGACAAGUUUCUUUUUGGCGAAAAUUUAGCCGAAACUUUGAAGUCAGCAAAAACAAUUUGCAAAACUGGUACAGAUUUAAAACCACCUGCACCUAAGAACCCUAUUAAGAAACCAACGACCUCUAAUUCCACUAGGAAUUUAAACUGGCAGAAUCCGGGUCCGAGCCGCAGGCCAACGGGUCCACCAAGGAUGAGGCAGCCUGCAUCGACCUCGACACACAGUCGGCCCAACAGCUCAUCAAAGCCGUCGCAGCAUCAUCAGCAGCGACCGGGCUACAAUCGUCGCUAGACUCGGUAAAAACCGCAGUCGCCGCCGCCCCAUGCACACAACGAUUACCCUGGUGGCAGGAGUCUUGUCCGGGAGGCGAUGAUAAGAAG